AUGGAAAUGAUUAAAAAACAUGACCAAAAAACUCCAGACUCCUCCACAUUAAUUAGCAACGAGCAGUCUCAACCUCCUUUAACACAUGAAGAUCGCAUUCACACCCUAAAAAAGCUUCAAAGCCUCCACUCUUCAAAUUUUUACAUAUUCCACGAAAGCAAAAUUAAGGAAUCCUGGGAUACCGCAUUUAUUUUUCACCCCAACCGAUAUUUUCGCAUCAUCUGAGACAUUCUUAUCCUCUGCUGCACUCUUUACCUCGCAAUAUCAAUUCCAGUUUUUUUAUUUUUUGUCAUUCCUGUAGAAGAUGAGUGAGUUUAUAUAGAGUUUGCUGUGCAAAUUAUGUUCAUUCUGGAUAUUUUUGUAUCACUCAACACUGGAUAUUUUUAUAAAGGUGCUCUAGUGAUGAUAAGGACGAUGAUGGCAAAACAUUACCUUGAGAAAUGGCUUUUCCUUGAUUUAUUGUCAAGCUUUCCAUGGGUAUGGCUUGUAACUGGCUCAGUGUUUGAGAACGAAAAGAUUGCUUUCGAGGAAAAUACAAAUACCUUCAACUCAAUCAAAUUUUCAAGGAUAAUUAGACUACUUAAGCUAUUGAAAUUUUUGAAGAUGGAAAAGGUGAUUGUAGAUAUCGAGGAUUAUUUUAAAAAUCAGCUGGCUUCCAUCUGGUUUUUAUUUAUUAAGCUGCUUUCACGUGUUUUAUUAAUUGCACACUGAGCAGCUUGCUUGUUCUUUUAUGUUAGCUAUACAAAUAUUACAAAGCAAAGUGAUAACUGGCUCAUGAAUUACCAGAUUCUUGUUGAAGAUGAAGUCUCAAAAACAGAGUUUUAUAUUUCUUCAAUAUAAUUGGAGAAUUAUUAAGAUGGCAUAAUUUAGACUUGGACUCUGGCGCUCCAAGAGCUCAUCCGGACCUCGAGAAGAAGAAAUGCAUGCUGGCAGUUCUCCAGGAGAAUUUUUUGGCCCAGGGGAUACCUUCAACCUUUUCUGUCUGGCUUGAAGACGAGCCUUCCAGUGCAAUGUCCUUCAGUACUCCACAGGAGCAUCACAGAGUCUGUGCUACGUCUUAGACAGUCCAUGAAUGAGGCAAAGAGGGUUUAUCCAUGCUCAGAGUCCUGUUGGAGGUUGACAGAGUCUUUAUCGUUCGGUGGGAUUCAGAAGAUGGGUCGGGCGAUCUCCCCGAAAGACCUCCUACACCAUCAUUUCUGGUGAAGUUAGGAGUAAAAAGGCAGGUGUAGGAACCGCGCUUAGCACCAACCCGAAGCUACCGUGAGACUGCGAUGGGGCUGAAAUAACCUCUGAAGAUGCCUAUAAUUUAACUCAAAUCAAUGUAUUGGGCUAUUACAACAAUGGUUUCAGUUGGAUAUGGAGACCUUCAUCCUAUCUCAACUGUGGAAAGAUUUUACGGGAUUUUUGCUAUGGUCUGUUUAUCAGCUACAUUUGUAAACAUCAUAGGAAACCUAUCUUCACUAAUAUCAGCAGCAAGCGCAAAAGAAGAUAAAUAUAGAAUCAUGAUUCAAGCCAUCAACCGCUAUAUGAAAAAGAAAAAGUUAUCCACAGAUCUCCAAUUCCGAGUCAGAAGCUAUAUUGACUAUAUGCAUGAAGUAGACGUAGACUACGAGUAUGAUGAACAAAAUAUCAUAGAUUUAUUCAGUGGGCCAUUAAAAGAUGAAAUUUACGACCACCUUCAUGGGCAUGUCAUAAAAUCCUGUAUACUAUUUAAUAGUGGGAUAUUUUCAAAGGAAUUAGUAAUCCACCUCCCAAGGCUACUUACAUAUCAAGCUUACGCCCCUGAAGAUUCAAUAUUUGAAGAAGGAGAAGCAAGUAGGUCACUUUAUUUCAUCAUGUCAGGAGAAGUUGAAGUUUACCAUCCAACAUCUAAAGCUUGCUAUACAACUUUAGGCCAUGAUAAAUAUUUCGGAGAAAUCGGGUUUCUUGUUAAUGCCCCACGCUGUGCAUCUGUGAAGUCCAUGUCGUUUACCGAAGUGUUUUUGAUGUCUUUUCAGAGGUUUUAUGAAGUCCUCUGUGUGAAUCCUGAAGAUGAUAAAGCUUUAAUUUUGUUGGAAAAAAAAUGCAAAGACAUGGAUUAUUCAUCAAUUUACGUUUCUUGCUAUUUGUGUAAAACCUUAGGGCAUGUGGCAGCAAGAUGCAAAAGCUUGAUCUUUAAUUUGGAUCAAGAGCAUACAAGGAAUGUGUGGCUUGAGGGAAGGAAAAUGAGAGGCAGGAAAAUCCCGGUGAACCCCGAAGAAUUGGUGAAUAGGAGGAAUAAUAGAAUUAGGGAAGGAUUUUAUGGUUCAUUCAAUGAUAAGUUCGCUGCGUUGAAUAGAUAUAAAGAUCAUGAGGCAUUAAUCAGAAAAGUAGAGGAUUAUUAUAUAGACAUGGAAACCCCUUCGAGUGCGAACCUUUUUAGAAAGGUCAGACAAGAAGAGUGGCAAAGCAUGAGACAGUUUUCAGGAAUUUAUAAGAUAACAGAGUCUGAUGAAGAAAGUGUAGAGGAAACUGUAAGGCAGCCAACAUUUGAUGUGUCACUUAUGGGAAAUUCUAUGAGAGUAGACCCAUCCAAGCCAUUUGAAAUAUCGAUAAUUGGAGAAAGCUCUCGCAGAGAUGAUGAUACAAGAAGUGAAAUUUUAUAG